AUGUUGAUCAUCUUCUUCCUGGACAACACCAUCAUGUGGUAUGAGAGUAUGAUGCUGGUGGCUGGCUACAGCUCCUAUGUUUGCUUCAUGAAAUACAACGUUCAGCUGGAGGCAGCGUUCAAGAACCAGCUCAGGAAACAUCAGCACAUCAUUAAUAUUAUCACUGUGGCUGUUGAGGAUGAACCUGACAAGGUACAUUCACAAAGUAGAACAGAGAACUUAUAUUUGAAGUAUUUUUGAUACAGUGUUCCUUUGUUACAGAUACACUGUCUUGAUCUAGGCCAGGGUGUCCAACUCAUUUUGCCCCAUGGGCUGCAUUCGGUCUUCUUCCUCGCCAUCAAAAUUUCCUAAAACAUUUUGGGAAUUUUAAAUGCUCCCGGACUGUCUAGUUUUCAUUUCAGUAAUUAUUUGGGGUGCUGGAAACAGUCAAAAUACUAUGAAUAUAGGUCCAUUAUCAUUUCUACACCGUUUCGAUUUGGUUUGAGUCAUUUUAAACUAUAUUGAGCUCGUUUCCACAAAAAAAAAAAAAAAUUUUCAAUCCCAUUAUUAUUCUUAAUUUUUUACUGAAACUGGAGAAACCGGAGAGGACCCCCUGAUCUAGGCUUUAAAAUCAGGACCCCCUGAUCUAGGCUUUAAAAGAUUUAUAGAAAAUCACUGCAUUAUCAUGGUCUAUUGACACACAGAGUAGCAGGUGGGAGGGAUAUCUGUACACGUCAGGGGUAGAUCAUGCAGAUAAUUUUGUGAAAAUACACAUGGAGGCUGGCUCCUGUGUAAGAAGAAUCAUGUGAUACAGCUCAUUGGUAAUCUGGUUUCCCUCAGACAUGGAGGACCUGAUUCAGCAAUACAUCUCCUUCAAAAUCCCUUCACAAACUUCAUCCAAGUUUUCAAGGCACAUGUUGAUGAUCAUGGGUCCUUUAAAGUAAAAUCACUCACUGAUGAUGGUCAUCGUUCUUUCAGGUUCGUCACCAACCCCAGUGCAGCGUGGGAAGUUCUGGUUCAUUAAUAAGGGAGAGCUGAGAAUGAGACCAUCACUUGAGAUGAUCUGCCAUGGGGAUAACAUCUGUGUACACCUGGUGUUGUUAGGAGUGGGAGGAGUCUUACCUAGGGCCCUUGUAGAACUAAAGCUGAUCACGUGACCCUUAUAAUCCUGAGGGGCUUCAGCAUAUCCACCUAACUCCUGUAAUGGUGAUUGAGCCUUUUGUACAGUUGAAGUCAUUAAAACUCGUUUUUCAACCACUCCACAACUUUCUUGUUAACAAACUAUAGUUUUGGCAAGUCGGUUAGGACAUAUACUUUGUGCAUGACACAAGUAAUUUUUCCAACAAUUGUUUACAGACAGAUUAUUUCACUCAUAAUUCACUGUAUCACAAUUCCAGUGGGUCAGAAGUUACAUACACUAAGUUGACUGUGCCUUUAAACAGCAUGGAAAAUUCCAGAAAAUGAUGUCAUGGCUUUAGAAGCUUCUGAUAGGCUAAUUAACAUAAUUUGAGUCAAUUGGAGGUGUACCUGUGGAUGUAUUUCAAGGCCUACCUUCAAACUCAGUGCCUCUUUGCUUGACGUCAUGGGAAAAUCAAAAGAAAUCAGCCAAGACCUCAGGAAAAAAAUGGUAGACCUCCACAAGUCUGAUUCAUCCUUGGGAGCAAUUUCCAAACGCCUGAAGGUACCACGUUCAUCUGUACAAACAAUAGUAAGCAAGUAUAAACACCAUGGGACCACGCAGCCGUCAUACCGCUCAGGAAGGAGACGUGUUCUGUCUCCUAGAGAUAAACGUACUUUGGUGCGAAAAGUGCAAAUCAAUCCCAGAACAACAGCAAAGGACCUUGUGAAGAUGCUGGAGGAAACAGGUACAAAAGUAUCUAUAUCCACAGUAAAACGACAUAACCUGAAAGGCCGCUCAGCAAGGAAGAAGCCACUGCUCCAAAACCGCCAUAAAAAAGCCAGACCACGAUUUGCAACUGCACAUGUGGACAAAGAUCGUACCUUUUGGAGAAAUGUCCUCUGGUCUGAUGAAACAAAAAUAGAACUGUUUGGCCAUAAUGACCAUCGUUAUGUUUGGAGGAAAAAGGGGUGGCUUGCAAGGCAAAGAACACCAUCCCAACCGUGAAGCACGGGGUGGCAGCAUCAUGCUGUGGGGGUGCUUUGCUGCAGGAGGGACUGGUGCACUUCACAAAAUAGAUGGCAUGAUGAGGAAGGAAAAUUAUGUGGAAAUAUUGAAGCAACAUCUCAAGACAUCAGUCAGGAAGUUAAAGCUUGGUCGCAAAUGGGUUUUCCAAAUGGACAAUGACCCCAAGCAUACUUCCAAAGUUGUGGCAAAAUGGCUUAAGGACAACAAAGUCAAGGUAUUGGAGUGGCCAUCACAAAGCCCUGACCUCAAUCCUAUAGAAAAUGUGUGGGCAGAACUGAAAAAGCGUGUGUGAGCAAGGAGGCCUACAAACCUGACUCAGUUACACCAGCUCUGUCAGGAGGAAUGGGCCAAAAUUCACCCAACUUAUUGUGGGAAGCUUGUGGAAGGCAACCCGAAACGUGUGACCCAGGUUAAACAAUUUAAAGGCAGUGCUACCAAAUACUAAUUGAGUGUAUGUAAACUUCUGACCCAAUGGGAAUGUGAUGAAAGAAAUAAAAGAUGAAAUAAAUCAUUCUCUCUACUAUUAUUCUGACAUUUCACAUUCUUAAAAUAAAGUGGUGAUCCUAACUGAACUAAGACAUGGAAUUUUUACUAAUCAAAUCAAAUCAAAUUUUAUUGGUCACAUGCGCCGAAUACAACAGGUGCAGACAUCACAGGGACAUUACUAGGAUUAAAUGUCAGGAAUUGUGAUAAACUGAGUUUAAAUGUAUUUGGCUAAGGUGUAUGUAAACUUCCGACUUCAACUGUAGAACACAUAGGGUAAGAAGCAUGCUUGGUCAGGGGUUGUUGUUGUAUGUAAUACCCUUUAGUACAACCAAAACAUGCACUGUAACUGUGAGCUCUACUCCUUUAUAUGACAAAAAUAUGUUGGGAAAUGUUUUGGUCCAUUUAAAGUGGCGGCAUGUUCUGGAAUGUUUCAACAUCUGGGGAAUCCUUGUUGUCCACAGGAUGAGACAGCAGGUCAGAAUAGUGGCCCUCCUGCCCCAGAAGACAAGAACCUAUUAAAG